CACAGUUUCCCCAUGACUACAUGCAUGUGGUUUGCUUAGGGGUAGGGCGGAAACUGUUGUACUUCUGGAUGAAAAAACCAUUACACACUCGCAUAGGUACACCUGCUGUAAAAGAGGUGUCAACUGAACUCUUGCGCUAUCGUUCCCAUCUUCCAAGCGAGUUCAACCGUAAGCCCCGACCUCUGUCCGAAUUUGAGAGAUGGAAAGCUACUGAGUUUCGCUCAUUCCUACUAUAUACUGGGCAAGCAUGCUUAAAGGGUAGAGUGCCGACACCAAUUUAUGACAACUUUAUGUUGCUGUCUGUGGCCAUGACCAUCUUACUUAGUGUCACCUUAGUGGGAGAUAAGGCAGACUAUGCCCACACCCUACUCUUGGCAUUUGUAAAGCACUGCAGCGAAGUCUAUGGUAGGGAGUACGUUGGGUACAACAUGCAUGCAUUAGUUCACCUUAGUGCACAAACAGAGAAGUAUGGAGUGUUAGACAACGUAUCAUGCUUCCCAUUUGAGAACUUCCUUGGGCAACUAAAACACAUGAUCAGAAAGCCAAACAAGCCCCUAGAACAGGUCAUCCGCCGCUUGUCUGAGAGGAGCUUUAAGUCCAGCGAGUGUGUUACUAGUGUGACGUCCAGUCUAUCCAUCGAGCAUUUCAGUGGCCCUGUACCACCUCACAUUAGUGCAAUCAAGCAGUUCAAAAAAAUGACUGUUCAGGGGGCCGUCAUCCAGGUUUCAGCCAGUGACCGUUGUGUGGAGCUAGCUGGGGGAAGGAUAGUGGUAAUUGACAACAUCGUAGUUGACAACAAGGCAGACGUCCACAUAGUGUUUAGGCCAUUCACAAAGCUCUGCAACCUCUUCCACUAUCCCCUUGAAUCCUCUGAAGUUGGCAUCUAUCAUCUAUCUGCCCUGACACCCCAACUGCACCACACUCUAGCUGCCCACAUAAAGAGGAAAUAUGUCCUGCUUCCAGUUAAGGAUGGUUUUGCUGGGCUACCAAUGGUACACCAGUAGGACUGCUGUUUUUGUAUGUUUGCGUAAGUGUCACAGUUUUGUUCAGUUUUAACAGCUGAUAUGUUGUAUCUGCCCAUAUCCUAAAUCUGAUGAAUGGAUUGAAUGUUUUAGAAAUUAUAGUAGAUCAUUUUGUAUUCACAAGUGUCCCAACUCAUGUGGAAUUGCUGUAGCAAUUGUUAUUAUAUUAUUAUAUAGGUAUUGAGCAUUAACAUGUCACUAUUUCUCCCUUCAACAGACAUACAAGAUACAUCAUACAAGAAAAUAUAUUUUUAUUUAUUUUAUUUUAUUUUAUUUAUUUGUAUUUAUUAAGAAAUGUAUUUAGUUGUGUCCUUCCCCGAGGAGGGGUUCAUUUUUACUGUUCCCAACACAUGGAUUGCUUCCAAUAAUAAAUGCUACUGGCCACCUUACACAUCCAAAGAAAAAGUCAAGAAGGCUGCCUUAGCAAAUGAAUCCCCUGACCCCCAGACAUGGACCUUGUAUCCAGUGGUCAUACUUAAAGUUAAAGAAACGUAUAAAAAGGCCCAUAAUUUUUAUAUGAAGGCAAAAAAAGGAGAGUCAUUGGAUACCACCGAUGAUGAUGUGAAAAGAAAAAGAAAGUAAGAUCAUCAUAAUUUUUCACAAUGAUGUGCAAUAUUAUAUUAAAAGGGAAGAAAAUCUGGUACCACACGGAUGUCUUUUUUAAAUAAUAAUAAUACUUCUUAUUCGGUUGGUUAUUUAUAGAAAGGCGGAGUAUGUGUUAACAUGUGUAACAUUAUGGCAUUUAUAACUAAUCAUCAAUUCACCAAUGAUAAUACCCUUAACUUUUUGUAAUUUGUUUCAUCUCAAGGCCAAAUAUGAAAUUUUCCCUGCCCGACUACUCCAGUGAAGACGAUGACAAUCGGAAUCUCCCCCGCCUCCAAAAAU